AUGGCAGAAGAGGUGAUUGGCCCACUAUUGUGUAACCCUGAGAACCAGCGUGGCUGGCCGAAGAUUGUCCGUAACGAUAUGAGGCGCCACGUGGAUGAUUUGAGAAAUUUAAUGCAUCAGCUCAAAGGUGAAAUGGCGAGUCAGGUCAUGUUACCGAUGCCUGCAGGAGUAGAAAAUAUUUACCAUGCUGAAGCGAGAUUGAAAGAAAGUGAUGGAGAAGAUGUUGAUUUGAAUUUGAAAACAAAUAUUGAGGGCGCAGUUAUUAAAUGGGCGCAACAAGUUCACGAUCUGCUUCAAGAGGAUUCUUAUAUUGCUUUUAAGAAGACAAAAUUCCCACUACCCAAUUCAGACAUAGAGUUCUAUGUAGCUCGGCUGAAGAACCUCGAGGGCAUUUAUUCUCAGUUGCGUGACCCCAGAGUAAAGCGUAUGGCACACUACCUAGAGGCCACCCGAAGCGUCUACCUAAGCUGUUUCAAGUCCAUGCUGACAAAUGUUGUGGCUGCAUUAUUACGGGAAGUGUGCAAUCUGGUUAUUCAACAAUGCACGAAUUCCAUUGACCCGUCAUCUAUUUUCCAAGGCGACGCCGAUGAAAACUUAUUAAAACUAAGAAAAGCGAUGUCUAUUCUAAAACAUUUUAUUGAGACUUAUGAAUUGAACCGCGACAAAGUCCACACAUUCUUCCCUGCAGGUGUAAUGCCUGUGCGAUGGUCAUUUGAUUUCGAUAGAGUGUUCAUGAGAUUUAACGUUUAUAUGAAACGGCUUGCAAUGAUCGAAACUAUACUAGAGGCUACUGUUGAAAUAUUAAAGUUAGAAAAAGUAGAGUUCUGUGGCCUCAGAGGAAAGACUCUCAGUAGCGAAUGUAUGAUUGUGCUUGAUGAUUAUUCACUCAAAUAUCUGCACUUGGGUAAUAUCACCUAUGACCCAGCAGAUCCUGAAGACAACAGCUUCUUGCGUGAUUACGAUAAACAUAUAAAGGUUUUAGAAGACAUUGAUCGUCGCUUGGCUUCGUUGUUUUCCCAGGGUUUGGAUGAAUGCCAUAACUUAGAACAUUUCUUUAAGUUUUUCCAAAUUAUGGGAGACUUGUUUCAUCGACCUAUAAUCAAAAAUGAGUUGAAACCUAAACUAAUGAAACUGUUGGAAUUCAUGCAUUCUAAUUUGGAUGCUGUUAAAGAAAUUUACGAUGAAGAAGUGUCGAAAUUAACCAAGGGUCCUGAAAAGCCCAUGGUAGAUUCUUAUCUGCCACCAAUUUCAGGAUUGAUUUGGUGGGUCUAUAAACUACGUCGACGCAUUCAAUCUCCAAUGGAGGAAUUCAUAGUGUUCGAAGACCCGAUUAUUGAUACGGAAUAUGCGAUAUAUAUGAAACAGAAGCAUAAUGAAAUGUUGGGCUACCUGAAUGUACUAGAAGAUCGUAACUUCAAGCAGUGGUGCGCAACAGUGCCACCCAUAUGCAAACUGCAUCUUGCUAAGAAUCUUAUCUAUAGAGACCCGCCUUUUGUCAGAAAUAAUUUCAGUCCAGAGCUUGUAAUGUUGUUAAGAGAAAUACGCUAUAUGAAGUAUUUAGAUAAACAAGGGAUACCACCAGACGGUUUGGAACUUUAUGCACGAAAUGAAAAGCUCCAGUACGAUAUGAAUCGGCUAAAUCGGGCAAUAGCCUGGUACAACGCAAUCCGUGAAGGAAGCCACGAAACUGAGGUUGCUUUGAUUGAGAAAGAAAUAUCAGCAAUUGAUAAUCUUCUUGGGCGAGGUGUCGAAGAACUUACUUGGAAUGAUGAUUUUACAGAAUGGAUGGCAGAAGUUUACACAGCAAUCAAUACGUUGCAAGAGCGAGUAUUAACGGCACAGAAUAAUGUGAAGCGUGGGCUAAUCAAUAUAGCGGCUUGGGGUGAUGUGCCGCUACAUAACCGCAAGGACAAUCCUGACAAAGUUGAACUGCUUGCUGUCAACGAACGCCAUCCCCGCUUCGUACGACGACGAAAUAAGAUUCUCGCAAGUCACGCUGAAUUUGUAGACGUUUUGGCACGUAAUUACAAAUUAUUCUUCAACAUCAUGGAUGACGAAGAGGAAGAAGAAGAGGAAGAAGAACUUGAGGAAGUAGAUGAGUCUACCCUUGAUGAAGAUGAAAAAGCUGCUAGAGCUGCUAAACUGCAAGCAAUAAUGGACCGUAGAGAAGAGAAGCGAAUUGCUAGGGAAGAGCGAGAGCAAGAGAAAGCUGAGGCUGCUCAGAUUAAGUUCGAAAGAAGAGAAGUUAGACGAAUCAAGAGAGAGGCCAAAGAAGCUGAAAGACAGGAACGACAAGCUAGGAGAGAUGCUGGCGAAGAAGUCGAUUCUCCAGCUGAGGAGGAAGAAGAAAUAACUGACCCAGAAGAGUUAGCGGACAUAGAGGAAGAAAAGCGAGAGAUGGAAGAAGAAGCAUUCAGAGCUGAAAGAUGGCCUGCAUAUGUCAAAUAUGUUGACUCACUUGUUUCAAAGCAAGUAAUGAAGGCAAUACAAUCAAGCAUAAACUUAUUUGAGAAGAAUACAGAUUUAGAGAAAGGUCCGAGAAUUGCAUUUAUGACUGUGGUCGCUGAACUGAAAGAUCCAGAUAUAUUUUUUUCUCCGUCAUUGGAUACGGACGAAGAAGAUGGCUUAUAUGAUACCCUCAGAGAAAUGAUGAAAGACAUGUUUUUGCAAGCCACACUUUUCCCAAGAAUUGACCCAAUUAUUGAAAUAGCGUCUUAUGAAGAUGACAUUGAAAAAGAAGAAGCCAUGAUAGAUCUUUAUCAUGAAAUAUUAAAGAGGGUUGAAAAUAGUAUCAAUGACGUUGUGAAAUAUGCCUCGAAAUACGAAAAAUAUACGCCGCUAUGGAUAGAAGAUAGGCAAGAAGUAUUAGCUGGAUUUUUAAAAUAUGGGCGAGUAAUUCCACCAGAAGAGUUUGACAAGUACCGAUACGAAAUGGGCUGUGACCCACCUGAAUGCAAACCAAAACUAAAGGAAUACCAACAAGAGAUAGAUAAGUACAACACGUUGUACGAUGAAGUGGCAGCGCUACCUGGAGAUUAUCUCUGCAAUGGAUGGUUGCGGCUUGAUCUGAAGAGAUUGAACCAGGCAAUCAUGAACAUUAUUUGCAAAUGGAGCAACCUUUAUAAAGAAAACUUGAAAGAUCACGUCCAGACAAGUUUGGAUGACUUGGAGAAGUUCAUAAUCUAUGCAACGAAGGAACUUUCUGUGGAGCUCACAGAUGACGAUUAUGAGGGAUUGUUAAAAGUGAUGCGUGUACUCAAUGAGGUGAAAGCUAAACAAGACGCUGGGACCGAUCAGAUGUUCGAGCCACUUCGGGACAUCAUUGAUGUUCUCAAAGAGUACGGUGUUGACUUCCCUGAGGAAACAUAUGAACAGUUGGAUAUGUUGCCUGAGAAGUGGAGAAACGUUGUAAAACUAGCGACUGUAAUGAAGAAUACCGUUGCACCGCUACAGGCUGCACAAGCAGCUCUAAUCGCUAAGAGAGUGGCGCUUAUUAAUUUGAGGCUCACCAUGUACAGAGACCAGUUCAAGCUGAAAGAGAUGUUCUUAGAAUCAUGUAAGGAACCCUACGGAAAAAUCGACAAAGUACAUAUAGAGAUAGCGCAUUUUGAGGAUCUUGUGGAGUCACUAAAGAAGUCCUGCAGUCUGUUCGAUAUUCAGCCUCCUGAUGAGAAGAAUCUCAAACAAUGCCGUAGAGAAUUAAAACUAAUUAAGCAACUCUGGGAUUAUUAUUACUUAGUCAUGGGUACCAUUGAAUUCUGGAAGAAAUCCCCUUGGAAGAAAAUAGAUGCAGAUGGUAUGGAUCAAGAAUGUAAGAGAUUUACUAAGGACUUGAGACAGCUCGAUAAGGAUAUGAGGGUUUGGGAACCAUAUAUUGCUAUCGAGGGUACGAUUAAGAACUUGAUGACUUCGCUCCGAGCUGUUACCGAUUUGCAAAAUCCAGCAAUCAAAGACAGGCACUGGGUGGAGCUUAUGAUGGCUACAAAACGAGCUGUUCACUCACACCUCAUGACAAUCAACUUACCAUACAAUCAUACCACAUCAUCGUUAGCGAAGCGAUUUGUAUACAGUAGAGUAACUCUAGAAGACAUCUUAAAGGAAUUUCAAUCUUUGGAGGACUUAGCAUCCCCCACUAUGAACGAAUUAUCCGGUAACAAUGUAAAAUUCCAUAUCGAUGACGAUACGACAUUGGCAGAUCUAUUAGCUCUUAAUUUACAUAAAUACGAAGAAGAAGUAAAGACUAUAGUUGAUAAGUCAGUGAAAGAAGCAGCAAUGGAUAAAACACUUAAGGAAUUGGAAGCAACAUGGGCUAUCAUGGAAUUCGACUACACAUCCCAUGAUAGAACAGGAAUUAAGUUACCGAAAGCCAGCGAGGAAUUAGUAGAAACACUUGAAGACAAUCAGAACCAAGUUCAGAACAUGAUGUCUUCCAAGUUUAUUGGAUUCUACGAAGCGGAGGUUACAGAGUGGCAGAAAAAACUCGGCACAGCAGACGCAGUUAUUGCGAUAUGGUUUGAAGUGCAGCGCAAAUGGCAGUACUUAGAAAGCAUAUUCGAAUUACUUAAAGACAUAGGUAAUACUCCCAAUGUAGUACAAGCGACAAAUAAGCCAGGCUUACUGGAUAAACUUGAAGACUUGAUGGCAGCACUGAAUUUGUGCGAAAAAGCACUUAAUGACUAUUUGGAAACCAAACGUUUGGCUUAUCCUCGUUUCUACUUUGUAUCUUCAGCAGAUUUAUUGGAUAUUUUAUCUAAUGGCAAUAACCCACCAGCAGUAUGUCGCCAUUUGACAAAAUUGUACGACAAUUUGGCGAAGUUAGUAUUCCCUAAAGGGGGUAGCAAACAUGCUUUUGAAAUGAUAUCUAAAGAGAAUGAAGAACACGUACCAUUCAAGGCUCCCUGUUGUGAUUGUUCGGGAAAGGUAGAGGCUUGGCUGAAUCGUGUAACGGACUGCAUGCGAUAUACUCUACGUGAUAUCUUUGAGCAUUGUGUUAAAUCUUAUGAAGAUAAACCAAGAGAUGAGUGGGUAUUUGAUUGGCCUGCGCAACCGGCUUUAGUGGGAACACAAAUCUGGUGGACUACUGAAACAAAUCAAGCAUUUGAGAAAUUAGAAGAAGGCUAUGAAGGUGCAUUGAAGGAUUAUCAAAAGAAGCAAAUCGCACAACUAAAUGCACUCAUCGUUCUACUUCUGGGAGACCUUUCGGUUGGUGAUCGACAAAAGAUUAUGACCAUUUGCACUAUUGAUGUGCAUUCACGAGAUGUUGUCGCAAAACUCAUUAUAUCUAAAGUAGAGAAUUCCAACGCAUUUCAAUGGCAGAGUCAGUUAAGGCAUCGUUGGGACAAUAACUUAAAUAAUUGUUUUGCUAAUAUCUGCGACGCUCAAUUUCUGUAUGAUUAUGAGUACUUAGGUAAUACGCCUCGGCUCGUCAUCACGCCACUAACUGAUCGCUGCUACAUUACUCUUACUCAGAGUCUUCAUUUAAUUAUGGGUGGUGCUCCAGCUGGACCUGCUGGCACUGGCAAAACAGAGACUACAAAAGAUCUUGGACGAGCACUUGGUAUCAUGGUUUACGUAUUUAAUUGUUCUGAACAAAUGGACUACAAGUCUUGUGGUAAUAUUUAUAAGGGACUAGCUCAAACCGGUGCAUGGGGCUGUUUCGACGAAUUUAACAGAAUCUCGGUAGAAGUGUUGUCCGUAGUAUCAGUACAAGUAAAAAGUGUUCUGGAUGCUAUCAAAGCUAAAAAGAAAAAGUUUGACUUCAUGGGCGAAUAUAUCACGCUAAUUCCCACGGUGGGAAUGUUCAUCACCAUGAAUCCUGGAUACGCUGGCAGGACCGAGCUACCAGAAAAUCUUAAAGCUCUGUUUAGGCCCUGCGCUAUGGUAGUACCAGAUUUCGAGUUAAUUUGCGAAAUCAUGUUGGUAGCAGAAGGCUUUCAAGAGGCACGUCUUUUAGCACGCAAGUUUAUAACUCUCUACACUUUAUGUAAAGAAUUGCUCUCGAAACAAGAUCAUUAUGAUUGGGGACUGCGGGCAAUUAAAUCCGUGCUGGUGGUAGCUGGCUCACUUAAGCGUGGUGACCGACUGAGGCCAGAAGAUCAAGUACUGAUGAGAGCUUUGAGAGAUUUUAACAUCCCUAAAAUAGUAACAGACGAUACACCAGUGUUUAUGGGUCUUAUAGGUGAUUUAUUCCCCGCACUUGACAUGGUUCAACUGGUGGAGUUAUUUGCUGUUCGACACUCUGUUUUCAUAGAUGGUUUUGCCGGUACUGGAAAGUCGAUGGUUUGGCAAUGUCUCAAUAAAACCUACUAUAUGAUGAAACUUAAACCAUUUUAUAAUGACUUGGAUCCAAAAGCGGUGACUAACGACGAGCUGUUCGGCAUCAUCAAUCCUGCAACGAGAGAAUGGAAAGAUGGAUUGUUUUCUACGAUAAUGAGAGAUAUGGCUAAUAUGCCUGGUGAUGGACCCAAGUGGAUAGUACUGGAUGGAGAUAUUGAUCCUAUGUGGAUUGAGAGUUUGAAUACACUAAUGGAUGAUAAUAAAGUGGGUGAAAGUUUUUGA